CCCCAGGCAAUGAAUGUUGUAAACCAGACCAUUGUCACUGAGAUUCUUCUCCUUGGAUUUCAGGAUCUUCAUGAUUACACAAUAUUAUUUUUAUUUUUCCUUCCUGUUUUCCUUAUUGUGACCGUAUGUGGAAACAUUCUGAUUAUUUGGCUGGUGGCAUCUAACAGCAGUCUCCAGUCUCCCAUGUACUUCUUCGUAACACAACUGUGCCUUUCAGACUUGCUGGUAACCACAGUCAUUGUCCCUAACACACUUCAUAUUAUAUGUGGUGAAGGGGGCACUAUGUCUUUUUCUGGUUGCAUUAUUCAGCUUUAUUUCUAUGCUUGCUCAGAAUCAUUUGAGUGUUUUCUUUUAUCUAUAAUGGCUUAUGACAGAUAUCUGGCCAUCUGUAACCCUCUGCGAUAUAGUUCUUUAAUGACCCCAAUGAUGUGCAUGAUAUUGGUUACUGUCUCAUGGCUAACAAGCUUUUUUGUGGAAUUGAUUCUAAUAAUAUCAUUAAUUAAUCUUCAAUUUUGUGGCCCAAAUGUUAUUGAUCAUUUCUUCUGUGAUUUUGCCCCGAUAUUAGAACUUUCUUGUUCAGACACCAAUUUUAUUGAAAUAGAAGCUCUCAUAUUAUGUAUACCAGUUACAUUCUCUCCACUUAUUAUUAUUGCUGUUUUUUAUGUAUAUAUUGUCCGGGCUGCCAUUAGAAUCUCCACCACAAGUGGUAGAGCAAAAGUCUUCUCCACUUGUAGCUCACACCUGACUUUGGUUUCUAUAUUUUAUGGCACGCUAACUGGAAUUUAUAUGAGUCCCACAAAAGAAAAAUCUAUGACUGUCAAAAAGAUAGCUUCCUUGUUGUACACUGUUUUAACUCCUAUGAUUAACCCAAUCAUAUACAGUCUGAGAAAUAGAGAUAUCAAGGAAGCCGUGAAAAAAAAACUUUUCAUAAUAUAA